UUUUUAGGCUCCCUCCGCUGCUGAAGCUGCAAAGAAACAGAAGAAACAGCUGUGUCAUCUGUGACACAGCUGCAGCUCCGAACACUCGGCUGUGGUUUGGUUCAGUGCUUCCUCUGCAAAUGGUUCAGGACCUCAGGAGGAGGAGGAGGAGGAAGAAGAAGCAGGUGUUCUGCCGCUGCUGCUGCUAUUGACGGCAUUUAACUAAUUUGUCUCAAAGGCGGCGCCGCCGUUGUUUGUUGUCACUUCCGGCGUGGUGAAUUGGCGGAUCCUAUCACCACUGGAGAAGAAGGAGAAGAAGAAGAAGAAGAGGAGGAAGGAAGGUGAAGUUGUUCUGCGUUGAUGCUGCGAGCAGGAAGGAUGGAGGAGUUUGUGACGGAGGAUGAGGAGCCGUGGUACGACCAGCGCGACCUGGAGCAAGAUCUGCACUUGGCAGCCGAGCUCGGCAAAACGCUCCUGGAACGCAACAAGGAGCUGGAGGAUUCCCUUCAACAGAUGUACAUUAACAAUGAGGACCAAGUGCAAGAGAUAGAGUAUCUGUCCAAGCAGCUGGAGAUGUUGAGGGAGAUGAACGAGCAGCACGCAAAGGUGUAUGAACAGCUGGAUGUGACGGCCAGAGAGCUUGAGAUCACCAAUGAGAAGCUGGUGCUGGAGAGCAAGGCCUCGCAGCAGAAAAUAGACAGGUUAACAGGCACCAUGGAGACUCUGCAGUGUCAGGUGGAUUGUCUGACAACUCGGGUGGAGGAGCUGCAAACUCUGGAGGAGCUGAGGGUUCACAGGGAGAAGAAGGAGCGACGCAAGACUGUCCAUUCCUUCCCCUGCCUCAAGGAGCUCUGCACUGCACCAAGGUGAUUGUCUGACUGAUUGAGGGCAGGUUAUUUUUCCAGUAUGCAAGUACAAUAAAGGCCUUUUGACUUUGACAAAGGCUU